AUGUAAAGAAAAUAGUAAUAUGAAAAUGACUUCAAAAACUUCAAAGAAGACAGUUAAAUCUCGAUUGAUCAAAUGCUCAAACAAUAAGACUUGGCUGAAAAGUAGAAGGAAGUUUGUCUUAGAAAUUCAAAAACCUUCGAACUCUUUGCCACAUGUAUUUUAUUUAUUCAUCAUUUUAGGUAUGGAAAGACAUGAAGGUAAAAUAGACAACUUUGCAAAAUACCUCUCAAUCAAAAUGCUAUUUAUUGAAAAACAAGCUCUUGAAUGUUACAAAGUAAAUACCAAUGAUCGAGAAUAUGAAAGAUGUCAUCAAAGAAUUGAAUCAUAACUACAUGAUGUCUAUAAUGAAUACUACUAAGGUUUACUUAACCUCUGA